ACGCGACUAGUUUAAGGACAGACUCUCAUGAUGCCAACUUCAAACAGUUCCACUUCUUCAGAUAAAAUCUUCCGCAGGGCAGUCUCCGAACUGGACUCUAAACAGGUCGAGUCUGUUACGUCUCCUCGGUUCGUGGGAAGGAGGCAAAGCUUAAUCGAAGAUGCCCGGAAGGAAAGAGAAGCUGCGGCGGCGGCGGAGUCUGCUGAUUCCAGUGAUCAGAUUGUCUUCGAGGAGGAGGAGGAUGGAAAGGCCAUGGUUAAUCUCUUCUUUACCCUCCGAAGCACCAAAAACCCGUCUCUAUCCCGCACCUUCAAAGUGUUUGAGACUUUCGAAGCAAGGAUCCAUCAUCUUGAGACAAGACCCAGCAGAAAACCAAAAGACAAUUUGGAAGAUCUUGAGUAUUUCGUCCGGUGUGAAGUUCACGUGUCUGAUAUCAACACUCUCAUCAGCUCAGUCAAGCGAAUCUCUGACGACGUGCGCACAACCAAAGAGGAGAAGAUUCAUUGGUUUCCCAAAAAAAUUGCAGAGCUAGAUAGAUGUCACCACCUGGUAACGAAGUUCGACCCAGACCUUGACCAAGACCACCCAGGAUUCUCUGACCCUGUUUACAGACAGCGCAGAAAAGCUAUAGGUGAUAUAGCGUUCAACUACAAACACGGUGACCCCAUACCACGAGUAGAAUACACAGAAGAAGAAAUUGGCACAUGGCACGAGGUAUACUCAACCCUGAAGGGCCUCUACCCCACGCACGCCUGCAGUGAACAUUUAGAGGCCUUCAGGCUUUUGGAAAGACACUGUGGCUACAGCGAGAACAACAUUCCCCAGUUGGAGGACGUGUCACGCUUUCUUAAAGAAAGAACUGGGUUCCAGUUGCGCCCCGUUGCCGGCCUCCUGUCAGCCCGAGAUUUCCUGGCGAGUCUGGCGUUCCGUGUGUUCCAGUGCACGCAGUACGUGCGCCACGCCUCCUCACCCAUGCACUCUCCUGAGCCAGACUGCAUUCAUGAGCUUCUAGGCCACGUCCCCAUCCUGGCUGACAAAACCUUUGCACAGUUCUCUCAGAACAUCGGUCUGGCUUCCAUGGGAGCAUCUGAUGAAGAAAUUGAAAAAUUAUCAACACUUUACUGGUUUACAGUGGAGUUUGGACUCUGUAAACAGGGUGGCGUUAUUAAAGCCUAUGGGGCCGGAUUGCUGUCAUCAUAUGGAGAGCUUUUACAUUCUCUGUCAGAUGAGCCGGAGCUGAGGGAGUUCCAUCCUGAUGCUGCUGCUGUUCAACCAUACCAGGACCUGAACUACCAGUCAGUGUACUUUGUGUCAGAGAGCUUCGCUGAUGCCAAGGAAAAGCUCCGAGCCUACGCUGCCAAUAUAAAGAAACCUUUUUCAGUGCGAUUUGACCCUUACACCAACAGCAUGGAAGUCUUGGACAAUCCUCAGAAGAUCAAAACUGGCUUGGAAGUUUUAAAAGAGGAAUUGAGGGUUCUUACUGAUGCUCUGAACUUUGUCAGAUAAUAAUGUACAAACCACUGUGCCGAAUGUGCUGGUUUUCUUACGACAUAAAUUUGCUUCUGUGUAGCGCUGCUACACUGUUGUGGGGUUGGAUAGGCUAGCUAGAAAAUAGCUAGAUUGAAAUAAAAGGCACUGGAUUAGGUUUAAAUUUCACAUCUGUGUUUAUAUGUGCACGUGAUAUCAUCUGGAUUCAAGUAGUUUUAGAUUUUAUGUUGAGGGUUUAUAUAUAUAUAUAUAUAUAUAUAUAUAUAUAUAUAUAUAUAUAUAUAUAUAUAUACAGACGUGCUCAAAUUUGUUGGUACCCCUCCACAAAAAACGAAGAAUGCACAAUUUUCUCUGAAAUAACUUGAAACUGACAAAAGUAAUUGGCAUCCACCAUUGUUUAUUCCAUAUUUAAUAGAAAUCAGACUUUGCUUUUGAUUUUCUUUUCAACAUAAUAUUGUAAAUAAGAAAACAAAUGAAAAUGGCAUGGACAAAAAUGAUGGGACUGCUAACCUAAUAUUUUGUUGCACAACCUUUAGAGGCAAUCACUGCAAUCAAACGUUUUCUGUAGCUCUCAAUGAGACUUCUGCACCUGUUAACAGGUAGUUUGGCACACUAUUCCUGAGCAAACUGCUCCAGCUGUCUCAGGUUUGAUGGGUGCCUUCUCCAGACUGCAAGUUUCAGCUCUUUCCAUAGAUGUUCGAUAGAUUCAGAUCAGGACUCAUAGAAGGCCACUUCAGAAUAGACCAAUGUUUUGUUCUUAUCCAUUCUUGGGUGCUUUUAGCUGUGUGUUUUGGGUGAUUAUCCUGUUGGAGGACCCAUGACCUGCAACUGAGACAGAGCUUUCUGACACUGGGCAGUACGUUUCGCUCCAGAAUGCCUUGAUAGUCUUGAGAUUUCAUUGUGCCCUGCACAGAUUCAAGGCACCCUGUGCCAGGCGCAGCAAAGCAGCCCCAAAACAUAACCGAGCCUCCUCCAUGUUUCACUGUAGGUAUGGUGUUCUUUUCUUUGAAAGCUUCAUUUUUUCGUCUGUGAACAUAGAGCUGAUGUGACUUGCCAAAAAGCUCCAGUUUUGACUCAUCUGUCCAAAGGACAUUCUCCCAGAAAGAUUGUGGCUUGUCAAUAUGCAUUUUAGCAAAUUCCAGUCUGGUUUUUUUAUGUUUUUCUUUCAAAAGUGGAGUCCUCCUGGGUCUUCUUCCAUGGAGCCCACUUUCGCUCAAAAAGCGACGGAUGGUGCGAUCAGAAACUGACGUACCUUCACCUUGGAGUUCAGCUUGUAUCUCUUUGGCAGUUAUCCUUGGUUCUUUUUCUACCAUUCGCACUAUCCUUCUGUUCAAUCUGGGAUUGAUUUUCCUCUUGCGGCCGCGCCCAGGGAGGUUGGCUACAGUUCCAUGGACCUUAAACUUCUUAAUAAUAUUUGCAACUGUUGUCACAGGAACAUCAAGCUGCUUGGAGAUGGUCUUGUAGCCUUUACCUUUACCAUGCUUGUCUAUUAUUUUCUUUCUGAUCUCCUCAGACAACUCUCUCCUUUGCUUUCUCUGGUCCAUGUUCAGUGUGGUGCACACAAUGAUACCAAACAGCACAGUGACUACUUUUCUCCAUUUAAAUGGGCUGAAUAACUGAUUACAAGAUUGGAGACAUGUGUGAUACUAAUUAAAGAAACUAAUUAGUUUGAAAUAUCGCUAUAAUCCAAUUAUUUAUUAUCUUUUCUAAGGGGUACCAACAAAUGUGUCCAGGCCAUUUUAGAAUAUCUUUGUAGAAUAAGCAAUAAUUCAUCUCUUUUCACAGCUUCUUUGCUUUAUUCUAUGACAUACCAAAGGCAUGCAAGUAUACAUGAUAAAAUAGCUUUUAAUUUCAUCACUUUUCAGGAGGAAUGAAGCAUUAUUUCAAUGAGCUGUAAGGGUACCAACAAAUUUGAGCACGUCUGUAUAUAUAUAUAUAUAUAUAUAUAUAUAAACCUGAACAUAAAUUCUGAAACUUUGCAUCCAGAUAGAUUUUGUGGCCUGUGACUGGUUUAAACAUCGUCGGAGCAAAAAUAGAUUGAACUAUUGCCCUGACGUCCUUACACCGCCAGGCAAUAGUCUCCGUCUGUCAAGUGAUUGGUUCACAUCAGUCAUUCCCGCCCCUUUUCAAAGGAACACCCUUCUCCCCUGCACUCACAACAAGAGAAAAUGGCUGAACACUGAUUCUGUGAUUUAACAGAAAAUGAAUUACAAAGAAUACUACAAAAGAAAGAUGCUCCAGACACUAAAAUGGUGAUUAAAACGUCACUGUUCUGAAUCGACGAUGUCAACAAAUAUGAUGGCCGGGAUGUAAACUGGAUUAUGCAGCAGUCAGCAAGCCACACGGAGAGCUGGACGCCAAAAAAACUUUUAUAACUACUGUAUGCAGUAUGAACUUCAAAAACAUUAUCUGUUAUUUAUUCUGUUAAUGAUUGAUUUACUUAUGCUGUAUCAGCUAUAUUUAAACUAAAUAUAUAAAGUUGUAUUUAACCUUGCCUCACUUAUUUUCUUGAAUGAUUCAUAUAUUAAAUAUGUACUGCAGACUCGGCCAUAGUGGAAAAUUAAAUGCCACUCGAGAAGACUACUGUUACCGACAGAGGGCUAUAAUGCCUGAAGCUGCAGUCAAAAUAAUGAGAGGCAAGGUUGGAUAGUAAAUAUGACUUUAUAUACAGUAAAGCCAUAAAUAUUUGCAAGUCUGUUUAUAUACGUUUUUCGCAUAUGAAAAAAAGUUAACAUUUAUGGCAUGAAUAUCUUAGUGCAUAAUAAUAUACUACUACCAGUGCAUGCGGUUGCCAACAUUUCUGGAGCAAAAUAGGUUUUAUGGGUGUGAUUUGCCAAAUAUUUUGGGAACAAAUAUUUAUGCUUUACAGUAUUUUGUUUAAAUAUAGCUGAUGCAGCAGAAGUAAAUAACAUGCAUAAAUAACAGAACAUGUUUUUGAAGUUCAUACUGCAAGUAUUUUUCUUCCUUUUUUAGUAUGUUUUGUAAUAAUUUAUAAUUAUUAUAAAUUAUAAUUUAUUUCAGCUUUUUCAUUCUAAUAUUUUAUCUUGUUGUUUAGGAGUGGAGGUGGAGGGUGUUCCUUUGAAAAGGGGCGGGACUGACAGUGAUUUGAACCAAUCACAUGACAGACAGAGACUAUGCCAGGUGGUGUAAGAAUGUGAGGGGAAGAAUUAGUUAAAUCUUUUUUUUUUCCUAUGAUGAGCUUUUAACCAAUCACAGGCCAGAAUUUCCAAGCAUUGACUAUAAUAUAUAUAUAUAUAUAUAUAUAUAAAAAUAUAAUUAAUGUUAAUGGUGUACCAUAGUUAUUCCACCAGUGAGUGUGACCAGAUAUAGGAGCAUGUACAGUCACAGACAAGUAUUUAGGCAUUUUAAAAAAAAUGAGAAAAUCCACAAAAAGUGUUUUCUAUCAUUACUAAUUGUUCUUUUGAAAGAUAUAAAUUAAAGCAGAGAUUCAGCUUUAUAAUAAAACAGCAAAUGAUUACAUAACAUGCAUAAAAUAAUAAUAAAAAAAAAAACGAAUUCCAUAAUUUGGGCAAUCAACAUAUUUCGUAUCAAACCCAUUCAUUGCAAAUUAUUGACAAUUAUCAUGAUUGACCAACACCUGGUUGGGGUUAAAAUGCCCUAUCCAGAUAAAAUCGUGAGAAUGCGUGGUCAACAGCGAGUGAUUUUUGACAAACUGGCUGUUAACCACGUAUAUGAGAACCCUCGUGCCAAAUGUGGCAGAGGGAUAACCUAGGUAAUUAAUAGCCAGUUAAUCCCUCUGCCACAAUAUAAAAACCAGAAGCUUUGGCUGAACGUAGAGUGUGUUCAGAGGCGGAACGAGAUGUGAGUGAAAGAGAAACUAAAAACUUAAAACAUAACUAAUUGCUAGUUUGCUACACCAGCACGAUACUUGUUGGCGUGUUCUGUGUCUGUUUGCUGUGUUUGUCUGUUUUGGGCCAUCGUGCCUUAUGUUUUGAAUAAGUGUUUUGUUUAAGCCUUAUAUUGUUCAAUAAAUCACAUUCAUUCAUUACUCCAGUGCUGACUGUUGUCUGUCUGUCUUCCGCGUCUGUGACAUCACACUACACAGCCAACAUGGCACAGGGCUAUUAUUGACAAACACAUCAGAACAAGAACUACUGCAACUAGCUCCAGGUGUGGAAGACGAAGAAAAAUUUCUGCAAAAUCUGGAAGGAGAAUCAUUCCAGCAGCCUGGCAAAAUCCUUGGAUUACUGCAAAAGAUUUGUCACAACUGAGACAAGAUGGUAAAGAAAUUCACGAGCGAACAAUUCAAUGAUACCUUAACAAGAAAACAAAGAUGCAAACCUUUGUUAAAAUCAAUACACAAAAGAAAGCGAUUGGUUUUCCAUUGAAUACUUGAAGAAGCCUGAUAAUUUCUUCAACCAAAUUUUAUGAUCAGAUGAACCCAAAAUGUAACUUUUUUCACCAAACAAACAAGUGUUUGUUUCAACAGACCAAUUAAGCUUAUAAUAAGCACUUAAUUGGUGCAAUUAAGUAAUUUAUGGCACAGUUGGAACAAAAACCAGGAGGCACACCGUUUCUCCAGGACCGGAAUUGCCCACCCCUGUUCUAAGUUCAUAGGUGGCGGUCCCUGGUCGGCAAAAACAAACUGCUGUCAUUGGCACUCUCGCUACAACAAGCACAAAACAACAGAGAAGAAAUAAUACAUUUAAAAAAAUACAUGGACAAUCGGAAACAAUGAGGUUCAGACCAAUAACAGAAGAAUUAAGGAGAUGUUUUUAAAAGAGCAAGAAAAUGAAAAUACAAGUAGCCUUUCCACUGCCAGUGAUGCUACGGGAGGAGGAACUCGCCCCACUGUCAUCACUUCUGCCGUGAAUUGAUUGAAUGAUUAAUUUAGGCUCCAGCCACAGGUGUAUAAAUAGGGUGAUCACGGGUGACAAAGAGGUUAGUGUGUUUGGAGGUGGAACGAGAGUCUGGAGGUUAAGAGAAAGUAAAACUAGAAAGAAAAAUAAUUGCUACGUGUGCUAGUUUUAGACUAGCACGAUUUUUGUUUUCUUCUGUGUCUGUUUGUCUGUUUUGGCCCACGUGCCAUUUUGUUUGUAUAAGUGUUCUGUUUUGUUUGGUGUUAGGUUAAACCUUUUAUUUUAUUUAAUAAAUAUGCGCAUUAGCGAGUUUUAUACCCUACAAUACUGACUUCCAGCCUGCCACAGACAAAUCCUUAUCGUUAAAGGCACAGUAGCAUCUGCAAGAUGGGUGGCUCUGGGUUUUUCAGCUGGGUGGCAACAAGCACUAAAGCCUGGGACACACAUGAGCGGAGUGGCAUCGUGCAGAAAAAGCAGAGUUUUGCUGCGCAUACUGCCACCAUUUAUUUCUAUGAGACUGAAAUCACAUUGACAAAAGAAUACCGUAGCGGAAAAGUAUCACAGCUGCAUUUAAGCCUGGCAGACACAUGAGCAGCGCAGGCACCGCUAGCAGGGAGCAGUGAGGGGUGAUACCGCAAAAUUGGACAUUUUAAAUAAACGGCAAUGAAAGAUGUUAAUUUAGUAGGGCAACUCUUCAUUAUGCUUUAAAAAAUGUCUUAUGGUUCUGAAAGCUUCAUUUCCCCCCCUUAACUGUCUGUUCUUAGAGAAUUAAAUAUCAAGAACUGUAUUACCCCUAACAGGCACCAAAUAAAACCAGGCCAAAAUGUUUUGAAUGUAAUUUGGGAUUAACAUGUCUUCUUGUUACAUGUGUGUGAGGAAGUAGUACAAUAUAUUAAUCACACAAAUCAUGUUGAUGGAUAUUCUAAAGUUUUCACCCAGAUAUGUAUCAUGCAAUCCCAAACCACUCACCUGAUUGGUUAGAGCUAGAGUUGCAGCUGAGGGAAAAUGUCUCAGCUACAUAAUAUCGCUCCCUAGCAUUAUUUUGCCUUUUUAAAAUUCUGCCGCUGCGAUACUUUUCCGCAAUGGUAUUUUUUCAUCAAUGUGAGUUCAGUGUCAUAAGAAAUAAAUGGUGAGCGAUAUGCGCUACAAAAUGUUGCUUUUCCCGCGGUCCUCAUGUGUGCCCUAGGCUUUAGCUGGGCUACACGUCUGGCUGAAAAGCCCUGGGAAGAAUCUUCUUGGUUUCAUCUUCUUGGUUUAUGGUGAAUUGGUUGUAUUUUAUCAGUUAUUUUUUAAGGCGUAUUUUGUAUUCAUAAAUGUAUCGCAUGUAUACAUUAAAAGUAUUUAUUCAUUGUCA